AUGGGGGUGAGGAGGUUAGUGCGGGUGAUGGGGGUGAGGAGGUUAGUGCGGGUGAUGGGGGUGAGGAGGUUAGUGCGGGUGAUGGGGGUGAGGAGGUUAGUGCGGGUGAUGGGGGUGAGGAGGUUAGUGCGGGUGAUGGGGGUGAGGAGGUUAGUGCGGGUGAUGGGGGUGAGGAGGUUAGUGCGGGUGAUGGGGGUGAGGAGGUUAGUGCGGGUGAUGGGGGUGAGGAGGUUAGUGCGGGAUGGUGAGGGGUGGGGAUGGGGUGAGGAGGUAGUGCGGGUGAUGGGGGUGAGGAGGUUAGUGCGGGUGAUGGGGGUGAGGAGGUUAGUGCGGGUGAUGGGGUGGGGUGAUGGGGGUGAGGAGGUGAGUGCGGGUGAUGGGGGUGAGGAGGUUAGUGCGGGUGAUGGGGUGAGGAGGUUAGUGCGGGUGAUGGGGGUGAGGAGGUUAGUGCGGGUGAUGGGGGUGAGGAGGUUAGUGCGGGUGAUGGGGGUGAGGAGGUUAGUGCGGGUGAUGGGGGUGAGGAGGUUAGUGCGGGUGAUGGGGGUGAGGAGGUUAGUGCGGGUGAUGGGGGUGAGGAGGUUAGUGCGGGUGAUGGGGGUGAGGAGGUUAGUGCGGGUGAUGGGGGUGAGGAGGUGA